AUGGCUUUUUGGAAUUCUGUUCUGUUCGGCAAAGUGCCUAGGCUUUUUAAAGUUGUAGCGAUUCUUGCAUGUGUUGCAUGCUUUCCUUGUGACGCGCGUUUCAAAGGUUUCCGUCGGUUCAGAAAUCAGUUCUCCGCAGAACCAAAUGAAAACAGACACACCGUUGAGGAUCAGUGGUUCAUCCAAAGACUGGACCAUUUCAACGGGGCUGAUACCAGGGUGUGGAAGCAGAGGUAUUUUGUGAACGACAGUUUCUACAAACCUGGCGGUCCAGUGUUUCUGAUGAUCGGGGGUGAGGGACCUGCUAACCCGGCUUGGAUGCAGUACGGGACGUGGCUCACUUACGCCGAAAAACUCGGAGCACUGUGUCUAUUGCUCGAGCACCGGUUCUACGGGAAGAGUCACCCAACAGAGGAUCUGAGUACGGAUAACCUUCACUACCUCAGCAGUCGUCAGGCGUUGGCUGACCUCGCCCACUUCCGCACCGUUAUCGCGGAGGAGCGAGGCCUGACCGACAGAAAGUGGGUGGCGUUCGGUGGCUCCUACCCAGGAUCCCUUGCAACCUGGUUUCGAUUGAAAUACCCUCACCUGGUCCACGCCUCCAUAGCAACCAGUGCACCUGUAUACGCGACAGUCAACUUCCCUGAGUAUCUGGAGGUCGUGUGGCGUUCGCUGGCGAGCGAGAGUCCCGAGUGCCCGCAGCUGGUGAGGGAAGCCACAGACACGCUGCUGCUUCGUCUCCACGAUCCAAGCAGUCUCGACAAUAUAACAAAAGACUUCAGGCUGUGCUCUAAGCUGUCGUCUCAGUCGUUUAUGGACAUUGCGUAUUUUCUCGAGUCGCUGGCUGGAAACUUCAUGGAUGUGGUUCAGUAUAAUGAGGACAACCGAGAGUUUGAGGGUGUUGUAGGCACUAACAUCACCAUAAAGGUCCUGUGCGGGGUGAUGCUGGACUCAUCUGUAGGUGAUCCAUACGAGCGAUACGCUGCUGUGGCCAGACUCAUGUUACAGACCUUCUCUCAGCCCUGCCUGGACGCCCAGUACACACACUACCUACAGGACAUGAGGAACAUCAGCUGGGACGGACCGGCCUCAGGAGGAGGGCGGCAGUGGGUGUAUCAGACCUGUACAGAGUUUGGAUUCUAUCAGAGCACGGAUUCACCUAAUCAGCCUUUCAGUGGAUUCCCUUUACGUUAUCACUUACAGCAGUGUGCAGACCUAUAUAACCUGAGUGAUCCAGAGCGGUCAGUUGCUGAGGCUGUGAAGCAGACCAAUGAGGAGUACGGAGGAUAUGACAUCAGAGCCACACGCAUCGUCUUCCCUAACGGUUCUGUCGACCCCUGGCAUGCCCUUGGAGUGACCAGUGACAUCAGCCGUGACCUCCCAGCUGUCUUCAUCAAAGGUACUGCUCACUGUGCCAAUAUGUACCCAGCUCGCGCUCAGGACCUUCCCCAGCUGAGCCUGGCAAGAGACCAUAUCUUUCUACUGCUUCAGAAGUGGCUGAAUGAGUGAGUGACAGCGAUGGCAGCCAAUAAAAAUACAGAUUGGCUCAUGGAGAGAGUUCUGACGGGCAAGCAAAAAUCUGUUGAAGGCCGCAGUGAAUUCUAACCUUGGAGCUGAAGGUCCGGAACCCUCAGGGUACCGUUGCCAUGCCAACAGUUGCACUUUUUCCCCUCCCUGUGUCGUUUUUUUUUACAUUUCGAUUUUGAUGAUGUAUACUAAAGCAAAAUCGCUGAACUUUGUUCAUUUUGUUUAGCUGAUAUGCUGGUAUGUAUAUUUCUGCUUUUAUCCAUGAUUGUGUGU